AUGCCACCACAACUCGCCGAUGCACGAGUUUUUGGAUUAAUUGACCAAGAGACGGGGACAUGGGAUACUUCCAUUUUAACGGACAUUUUUGUGCCAGAAGAUGUACCCAGAAUUCUGAAAAUUCCCAUAUCACCAGAUUAUGAAGAUACGUGGUAUUGGCAUGAUGACCCAAGAGGAUUGUACUCUGUGAAAAGUGGUUAUAAGUGUAUUGUUGGCAGGUAUGAUAAUACGAUUACUCCCUUUAAUAGAUGGCAAGUGUUAUGGAAGCUCAAAAUCCCCCCAAAAUGGAAAACCUUUCUAUGGAGAGCUUUGAGUGACAUUCUUCCCACUACUAUGAAUCUGCGAAACAAGAGAGUUGAUAUUGAGCCUAGUUGUGCUAUGUGUGGAGUGUUAUAUGAAGAUACCAUGCAUGCCCUGGUCACGUGUGACUAUGCCAAGGCUGUAUGGGGGCAAGCUAACCUCCCAAUCCCUAUUAUCCAGACGAAUAUUUUUAAUGAAUGGUUUAAUAUGAUUUUGGAUAAUUUGGACACUGAUGGUCUGGUGUAUGCAGCUGCAAUCUUAUACCAUAUUUGGAGAGCAAGAAACAAUGCCGUUUGGGACGCCUAUAUGCCGAUGCCGAAGAAGACGCUAAGGACGGCCACCAUCACGAUGAAGGCAUGGUGCGCCGUGCACCGUGGAACCGAGAGCAACCCUGCACCGCCGCACACCAAUACAGUCACGGCCACGCCAGGGCAACACACUCGCAGGUGUUAUGUGGAUGCGAGUUAUCACCAUGCCACGAAUACGGCCUCGGUAGGUGCAGUUCUUUUGAAUGGAAACGGACAAUAUAUCUCUGCCUAUGUCUCUUCACUUCCAAAUUGUUUCUCGUCUCUUAUGGCGGAAGCAUUGGCAUGCAAGGAAGCUUUGUCUUGGCUAAAGAAUCGUGGAGAGGAAAGCUUGGAAUUACUCACGGACUUUGUUUUUAUUCCUAGAUCAGAAAACUAUUUAGCACAUGCUUUAGCUACUUCAGUUGUUAGUCAAACUUCAGCUAUGUACUGGGAUGCGAACCCACCAGCACAAAUCUCGCAUUAUUUUGAAUAA